CACAUCUCGAUUUCUACACCAUCCCUACAACUUCUCGACUCAAUCUCCCCAUGCUCAAAGCUCCGCGAUGAGUGUGAAAGCUCUAUUGAACUACGUCCUCGAAGAGGUCGCCAUUGAUGGUGCUGAAGGCACUGACGUCGAGGAGCUAUUCAAGUACGUCAAUGACUUCUAUGUCAAAAGCCGUCAGGAGCGACAUUAUGUUGGUGAACUUCUCUGGGCCGAUCAAUUGGAGGGUCGAAAAGAAGACGGAGAUGAGGACAUGGCUGGCGACGGCGAUGAAGCUGCUGCUGAGAGAGACCGCAUCGCUGCUGAGUGUUGGGGGACUCCAAACGUCAAGGAAGAAUUCCAGGAGUAUGUCUGGGGUCUUUUGAGACAGCAGAAGGACUUCAAUGUCGGCCCAAAAAACGAAUCCCGGGGUAUGUCACUGGGAGAAAUAGUCGACAAAUGGAGGGAGAAUAAGGACGACGCCAAUCUCCGAGUGUAUGCGAGCGAGGAUCGUCGGUGGCGGACACUUACAGGCCAUGGCCCGGAUCCGAAGAGGGUGCCAAACGCCGUUUUCAAGUGUCUCGAGGUGAUUGGGAAGCACCGUGAACAGGGAUUGAUCCAGCCGGACCUUACCAAGAUCACCGGUCAAGAUAAGAAGUCCAUCGCUGGCCGGACGACCUUGCUCAAGGAAAUGGGCUAUAUUGAGAAGGUCGCUGUUCUGGCCAAAAGCAUGAACACGAGCAAGCUCACGCUCACGAAAUUUGCCUAUCUACGUGACAGGAAACUAGCACAAGAUCACAAAGAUGACAGUGGGUUAAAGGGCAAACCUGCAUCCAGCAAGAGCAGCGAGCGAUGGACUGGCGAAACCAUUCACCUGGAGAGUUUGAUCAGAGCUAUCAUCGCGGAACUCAAGAAUGCCAAAAAUGGUGUUAUACAGAGAGGUGAUCUCAAGAAGAAGCUGAUUCCACUGGCGUUCUCUUUCCCGGAUUCUCCGAAAAGUUGAAUCAUUCGGCGUGUGGAAACGAAUCCGGGUUCCAUUGGCCAACAAUCGCAGCUAUGACAAGAAAGGAGGAGGCACUGUAACCGUCCGAUGCCACGCGCGGUGCAUCAAGUUUGUUCGAGACAUAACGGCCGAAGAUUGGCGGAGGCUUGCAAAUUCUUCGAAGAUGACGAUUGGGGAGGAGGAUGAAGAAGAGGAUGAAGCUUCUGACGCCGAGGAAGA